CUGGGCUGAGUCCAGCAACGUCCGUCGUACACUUCACUCUAUCUAUCUAUCUAUCUAUCUAUCUAUCAAUUCCAUUUCUGUGAGUUGUCCGACUGCGCUGUGUUGACACAUCAUUUCCAAGCGAGAUCAUGGCGAGCCCCGCCUUCCACUCGCUGCGGGAGAAGUACGCUUCGGCAUUGAAACGCUUCAUUGCCUCGACCCGGACUCUCGAGGUUCUGGCCUCCGUCCCUUCCGAUCGUCGCGAGCCCCCUCCAACUACCGAUGUGCUGUACGUUCUCGACUCGUCUUUCAACCCGCCGACUCUGGCCCACAACAGGAUUGCGACCUCCGCUAUCCUAGAAGAUUCCAGUAAGCCCGCACGCCUGCUGCUACUGCUUGCAACGCAGAAUGCGGACAAGCCGUCCAAGCCGGCCUCGUUUGAGGACCGCCUGGCGAUGAUGGAGAUGUUUGCUCGGGAUUUCCUCUCGUCUUUGCGGACUAGCGUGUCUGCACCAGAUCCCUCAACCCUUCCCGUGAUCGACAUAGGCGUCACAAAGAAACCGUACUUUGUGGACAAGGCCGCGGAGAUCGAACGCGCCGGUAUAUACCCAGGCUCCGUUGAACAGGUACAUCUGACGGGCUACGAUACGUUGAUUCGUAUCUUCAACCCGAAGUACUACCCGCCGGAGCUGACCCUCCAGCCCCUGGGGCCCUUUCUCUCCCAGCAUCGGUUGAGGGUCACCAUGCGCCCGGAUAGUGACUGGGGCACCAGAGAUGAGCAAGAGGCCUUCCUUCAGGGCUUGGCGCAGGGAAGUCAAGACAGCGUGGGUGGAAAAAGGGAAUGGGCUCAGCGCAUCCAGCUUGUCGAAGGCAAGAAGCCGGGAGCGCCUUCAGUAAGCUCAACCCGGGCCCGGGAAGCCGCCGUAAAGAAGCCGCAGGAUCUCGAAUGGCUGGUCCCUCCCAGUGUCCGGGAGAUGAUUCUAGCUGAGCGGCUAUACACGGAGUGAUUGACUCAUGAUGACAACGAAAGUUAAGACAUGUUCAGCAACUGUGUGACGAUCCGCCAGGACUCAACAACCAGCUGCCCAGGAUUUGAUAUAGAGUGUACACAAAUAGAUGACUUAUUUAAGAGCGCAUCCGUCGAGUCUU